UAGGCUGUCCCACUCUUCUUAGUCAGCCCAGCCUUUGGUGUGCCUUUUCAGUUGUUUUGCUUUGGCUGGACAGGCCUCUCUAGAAGCCAACGUUAGACCUGUUUUCUGGACGGGACGGGCCUGAACAUUUCAACAAGUUGCAAGACUUUGGCUACACUUUACUCUGGGGGUAUUUCUUCCUUUGUUUCUGUUUCAUCCGAUGUGAUUUUUUUUGAACGGACGUGCCUGGCGCAGUGUAUCCAAGAUGGACACGGGUUGUCUCCCGGUUGGAGAUGAGCUCGGAGCGCGCUGCUAGAUAACGGGCUCACCCGGUGAAUCUAAAUGUAGGCUUAUUUAUUCACUCUCGGCCACAGGAGACGUUUAAUUUACAGUGGAUCUAACUGGAUUGGAUUAUUUCAAUCCCAGGCCUUUGAUAAGAGGUCACAUCCUAUGAUGACAAUUUUUUUACUCAAGUUUUGGUGAACUUUUCGACGACUCGCCAUGUCGGGAGUGGUCCGCACCCUGAGCCGCUGUCUGCUCCCGGCCGAGGCCAGCAGGGACCCGGGCGGCAGCAAGGAGAGGAGCCGCGAGCGGGACGCGGCGCAGGAGCGGGAGGCGCGGCGGAGGAGCAGGGAGAUAGACGCGAUGCUCGCCCGGGAGAGGAGAGCCGUCCGCCGGCUGGUGAAGAUCCUCCUGCUCGGGGCCGGGGAGAGCGGAAAGUCCACAUUCCUCAAGCAGAUGCGCAUCAUUAACGGGAAAGAGUUUGAUCAGAAAGCGCUUCUGGAUUUUCGGGACACUAUCUAUGAAAAUAUAAUAAAGGGCAUGCGUGUGCUGGUGGAUGCCAGGGACAAGCUGGGCAUCAGCUGGCAGAGCUGUGAGAACGAGAAGCAGGGCAUGCUGGUGAUGUCGUGGGAGGGGCGUGUCGGUGCCUCGGGGGUGGAGCCCAGUGAGUUUCAGCUGUACGUGCAGGCGCUGGGCGCCCUGUGGGCGGACACCGGCAUACAGGAGGCCUACGCACGGCGGUCUGAAUUCCAACUGAGCGAGUCGGUCAAAUACUUCCUGGAUAACUUGGACCGCAUUGGUCAGCUGAACUAUAUCCCAGGCAAGCAGGACAUUUUGUUUGCCAGGAAGGCGACUAAGGGCAUUGUGGAGCACGACUUUGUAAUCAAGAAGAUCCCUUUUAAGAUGGUGGAUGUGGGAGGGCAGAGGUCCCAGAGGCAGAAGUGGUUCCAGUGUUUUGACGGAAUCACGUCCAUACUGUUCAUGGUUUCAUCGUCUGAGUACGACCAGGUCUUGAUGGAGGACCGCAGGACAAACCGGUUGGUUGAGAGCAUGAAUAUCUUCGAGACGAUCGUCAACAACAAGCUCUUCCUCAAUGUAUCCAUCAUCCUCUUCCUCAACAAAACAGACCUGCUGGUGGAAAAGAUUUGCACGGCAGAUAUCCGCAAGAACUUUCCAGAGUUCAGAGGAGACCCGCGCCGACUAGAGGAUGUGCAGGCCUUCCUGGUGCAGUCCUUCAGCCGUAAGAGACGUAACCGCGGGAAACCGCUGUUCCACCACUUCACCACUGCCGUAGACACAGAAAACAUCCGCUUCGUCUUCCACGCCGUCAAGGACACCAUCCUGCAGGAGAACCUCAAAGACAUCAUGCUGCAGUGACCUCGACACCGACGCCCCCCCCGGUCCUCGGACGGACUCCCAUGGCACAGACGAUGGCUUCUCUGACUGUGAACUGUGAAAACAAAAGGCCCAGAGAACUGCUGAGAAGGCCUGGUUCCUGCUCAGUUCUGACACUACAGCGUGUAUAUGAGCACAUUUUCUGCUGACUCCUCUGAACUCUGAACCUGUGGAGCCGUGAGGUCGCUGCAGGGCCACAGCAGUCCCUGCUGGGGUCAGGGAGGAAAGGUCAUCUCACCCAGACCCAGAACUUAACAUGUAUAAAUGUGUGUAUCCUGGAAAGAGUCAUCUUCUCUUUCUCUUAGUCCCUUCUCACCUACAUACACGUUGAAACACAUGUAAGAGGAAAGCACCCACUACAUGACGUGCACUGAAAGUGUUUUUCUCUCGGAUAACUCCAUGACUAAUGACAACCCUGUCACUAAACCAAGUCAGACUGCCUCUAGAGGUACAGCUGGGUCAACGUGAGCUAACAAGAAGCAGGAAGGAUAGAGGAGAGUGCUAAGAAAGAAAGAAAAAAGAUGUAGAGAUGAGAUAUGGCUUGCAGAGAGCCGCAGACUGCUGUGUGUUAAUACACACGUGAUAGACGGAGAGGGGCGGGUGGUUUGGCCCGUCGUGGUCAUAUGCUGUGUUAUGUGAUAAGGUUGCACAAGCGCUCCUGUCAAUGAACUUUUACAGAAGAAGGGGAUGAAUCUCUUUUCUCUCACUUCCUCUAUCCUGUCCUGCGCCAUCUUUUUUUCGUUCUUGCCUCCUCUCCCUCCCUGCUCCAUAUCUUUACCUCCCUUGUUUUUGUUCUUCCGUCUUCUCCAACUCCUGCCGUCACAGGAGAGAUGAACAGCUGCAGAUAGCAAGUCUUACCCCUCCACCCACCCUCCUCCUCUCCUCUCCUUCUCCUCCAACCCGAGUACAAUGGAGAGAUUGUUCCUCUCCUCCCUCACCAGCGGAAACAGUAGACUGACGAAUUAGAGACUCUUCGACGGCUAAAGAAACACACAGAGACAUGCACACACAAACUCACAGCUCCUGGUCCUGAAUGAAUUAUGGUUCGUCUUUAUCCCUGUGUCAUUCCUCUCCCUACUCUGCCACCCCGACCCACCCCACCCCCCACUCAGUCAGAAUCCCAAUAGACAGUAGUACCCUUAAGCUGAGGCAUAAUAAUGUGAACAUGUCAUUUACAAGAGGGCUCUGGGGUUUAGUCACAUUGCCUGUUCCUGUUCUUUUGUCCUAUAAAAGUGAAGGCAUAGGGAGAAGGGAACAGCAAGGAAUGACAGGGUUGAACUUCGACUGACCUUAUUCCAGCAGUGGCCAUUUUGAAGUUAAACUGUACCCAGGGUGGCAACACUACCUGGGAGACUGGCACAACACAUAAAAACAGUUGCAGAGGCAAACCAGAUUGAACAAGAUAUAGAUAUACAAAACCACUUAUCUCGAAUUUUGGUGAUAGUCAUGCAUUUAUGUAAUUUGAGAACUUACCUUCUUUUUUUGGGGUUCAGAAAGCUGUACAACCAUUGGGUUUGUUAAAGUUUUUCAAAACGAGUUAUAUAAACUGAAAAAUGCAUAGCUGUGAAGCUUAAAGCGAGACAGGUUUUCUUAGUUUCUGAAAAGUUGCCAUUUUUGAGAUAAGUGGUUUCCACUGAACAGCACCAAAUAUAUCUGUAGCUCGUUCGCUACUGGCUCGGUAUCUGGGGGGUCGUCUUAUUAAUGUUCCCAGUGCCCUGUGUUCUCAGUAUAAUUUUUUUUUUUUUUUUACCUUGAUGUUUAUGAAAAAAAUAAAUUGAGGGAAUAUAGAGCCCUGGGGACAUAGAUAGAUCACUGUUACCUGCUAGUAAGCCACCUAGGCUAAAGAUAUUGCCAGCUAUAAUCUGCUGUUAGAUUUAAAAUGUCUGUGGAUUCUUGAGAUCAAUUUACUUCUAAUAUCUUUGAAACAAUCUAGUGACCAAUAUUUUUAUAACAUGCAUCUUGGUACAAAACAGUGGGAUACAAGUGGCUUUGUAUCCCACUCCAAAUAGAUGUUAAACUCAAAAUGACCAUUGUGGGAAUAAAGUCAGUAAUGAGCACUUCUACACACCUUAUUAUAAUACUGUAUUAAAAUGUGUAUUUUGUCUGUGUGUGUGUGUGUAAAGUGUGUUUGUACGUGUGAUAUAGAGAUAUAAGGGCCUUUGUGCGUGUUCAUAUUUCCUGUAUAUAGAAUACUGUAAGUGUUUGACUGACACUGUGUGUAACACGGUAACCUUACGUCACAAACACCACUAUCCCUAACAGUAUCACUGUAACUGUAACGUUGCUGUAAUAUUUGUUAACUAACCUACCUUUUCCACUUACAUAAGGUUUUUCUGAGCGUCGUCAUUGCACUGGAUGUUUCUGAGCGAAAAUGACCAGCAAGAAAAACUUCUGAAGAACAAAGGCAACGAAACAAAUAAACAGACAGCAGACUUUGAAAAAUGGACUUGAUGGGAAGUUGGGUGAAAUCAGAGGUUGAGGGAUGAGGGAGUUCCACAGGGUGUCACUCACUCGUUCACUUGGUCUUCUCAUCUGGUUUGUUUCCCAGUGCCCUGGCUCUCUGUGCUCUGUGGUGAAAUACACUGCCGUUUGCUGA